AAACCAGUCUCACCCAGAGCUCCUUGGAACCAGAACACCACAAAGAUCCAGACACUCUGAUCCUGCCCCCAUUACUAAAUCUCCUCUUACAGGCAUAAUGUAAAAUCCUCUGGUCUGGAAGUUUCCAUGUAUCUGGUCUGCUUCUGUUGCUUUCUCACAAAGACACAAUUGGCUGAUGUUUGGGACAGGCGUGAAUGACAUCAUUGCAUGACCUUCAGUUGGGCCACUUCACUUUGUUGCUAGCGGUCAGCUCGUUUGCACUCUCCAGUUGCCCACUCGGGUUCCGGGAGCUGUGCAGGUGGACUGCUGUUGGCGUGGCCUGCUUUUGUUUCCCACUUUGUCCCUUUUGAGAGAUGGGCUUGUUAAUCACCCAGCUCAAGCAUGAUACCCAAGAAAAGCAGAGAGGGUAAAAUUAUACACAGCCACCCUGUGACCGGCCUGCACAGAGCAGGUCAAUAAAACUCAGGCAGAAUGACAGUGACAGCUGCCUUGUAACAUUCAGAGGGAAUCGAGCAGUUCUGUGCAGCAGCGUCAGGAGCAAGGAUAUCAUUACAGCCGGCUGCUCAGAAAGAAGCCACUGCAGCCCACCCCCAGGGGCCGGCAAAACUCCUGCAGCAAUCCAGGGACACUGAAAGGCCUGAACAAGAAGCCUCUCCAUCAGCAUUCUCCACGCCGGGUCCCAGUGGCUGCAAUUGUGUGCACCUGCUGGCUGCCUGACCCAGUCCAGGGCAGGACAAACUCACAGUGUUGGAGGUGACAACAGAGCAAGCAGAAAAAAGGCUGCAAUGGGGGCCAGGCAGUCAAGGACCAAUUCCAAGGACAAGGACCCCAAGGGGAUGCUGAUCCUCAGGAAGGGACAGAAGUUCGCUCCGUGGGAUGACACUCUGCUCUUGGGAAGGGACCCACGGUCACUGCUGAAGCGGGGCAUGCGCCACGUCAGCUUCAGCUUGGUCACAAAAGGAAUGACGGACAUCCCAGACUUUCUGUGGGGCCUGUCUGAGGUCCAGAAACUCAAUCUGUCACACAAUCAGCUCCGGGUUCUCCCUCCCGAGGUGGGGAGACUGACACGGAUUGUGGUCUUGAACUUGUGCGGGAAUCGUCUGAAGAGUCUGCCCAGGGAAAUCAGCCUCCUCCACAGUCUCAAGGUGCUGUUUGUGAACAUGAACUGCCUGAGCGAGGUGCCGGCAGAGCUGAGUCAGUGCAGGAACCUGGAAGUGCUGAGCUUGUCGCACAACUGCCUGUCCCAGCUUCCCGCCAGCUUUGCCGACCUCUCCCGUUUGAAGAAACUGAACCUCAGCAACAACUACUUUGCACACAUCCCCGUGUGUGUGUUCUCACUGAAGGAACUGGAUUUCUUGCACGUGGGCUCCAAUCGCCUGGAGAACAUCGCGGAGAGCAUCCAGUGUCUGGUCAGCCUGCAGAUCUUCAUCGCUGAGAGCAACAAUAUCCACUCCUUCCCAAGGUCACUCUGCCUCGUCUCUAGCCUGGAGAUGCUGAACUUAAACAACAAUGACAUCCAGACUCUCCCAGAUGAGCUCUACCUGCUGGGUAGACUGGCAAGGAUCGCGUGGAAUCCUAUGGACAAGGGACUGCACAUCUCCCACAACCCUUUGUCCAAACCACUGCCGGAGCUAGUGGAGGGAGGCCUGGACAUGCUCUUCAGUUACCUAAAGGACAAAAAGCACCACUGAUGUGGGCACCAGGGGCAUGGAGGACAAGAGGCAGGUCAUCUGUCACCCUGGCUACUUCUUUCAUGUAAACUGCCUACCCUUCCUGUUAGUAAGUCAACGCUUUUGCUAGUAGUUGCUAAAUAGCUGCUCAAUCUUUCCUGGGGAGACAUUUGUUUUUUCAGGCUCUAUGUUUUUAAGAACCUCUGGAUUACUGUAUUCAUCCCAUCCAAAAAUUAAUGGGAACAAGCUUUUGGUUUUUUCCCAAGAGAACAAACUGUUCUGAGAAAUAUGGAGAUGUUGCCUUUGCAACUGUGGACAGUAGGUCUGCAUCGAAGAGGCAAAUCAGUGUGCCAUGGAUGGCACGGGGCAUUGGAACCAUCUGCUCUUAGGUGGCACCAGCAACACAUGCUACUAUGUUAUACUCAACCAACCAUUACUUGGGACCAAAUGGCAAGCUGGAGCCACGCUCCAUUGCCAAAGACCAAAAAUGGGCAGAGC